CAACAGGGAUCUUUCUCAAAACAAAACUACCAUCUUUUCUCAAAUAGUCUUGCUUAGAGAGUGGUUAUAGCUGUAUCGUUUUUUGUUUGUCAGUGUUACGUUUUUAGUGUUGCAGUAUUGUGAUAAUGUUUGCGAAUGCACAUAGUAUGUUUCUGCCUAUUUAAGAUCCAAAGCGUUGGAAAAGUGAUGAAUGUGACUGAGCUUUAUUCAAGUACUUCCAUGUUGUUGGUCAGUCCAAUGCAAAACAAUCCAAACACAAUACUAUUAUGCAAUACAAAGAAAUUGUACACAAUACAAACCCAGUAUGGCACCUGAGCCAGGCAUUACUCCUCCCACCCUGGAACAACAUGGGGGUUGAAAAGCUCUGGAGGAAAAAACGUCCCAGAGGGAGUGGUAACAGAGAAACCGGGAGGACUUUGGCUUCACUGCAGUGCCAGUGUUUGCCUUUGCUACCUCAGAGGUCACAUUUCACAUUCAGCCACAAGGUAAGACCAAGAGAAAAUAACAGAUGGGUAUGUUUUACCAUUCUGACCAAACAAUUGCAAUGAUUUCAGUGGUGGUUCUGGUUUGUCUUGUGCCCGGCAGGUUGAAUGAUAGGGAAGAGGGACUAAUAUUUGAAGCCAUUAUAUUCCUGGUGUUUACUGUAGUGAAUUAUGAGAGUGUGGUACAUAUAAACACUUGCAGGGUGAUGCCUGUUAUUCUUUGGAUUUUAAUGCAUGUUUUAAAUCCGUGUUUCAAGCUAAGCUUAUAGAGUGAGAGAGGAGCUGAGUCAUGUGCAGCUGAACUUUGGCCAGGAGGCAGCUUUGAAUUGUUUUAAGUUAAUGAUAAAGAGGUUCACAUGUUUCUAGCUGCAGUAAGAGUUUAUGGUGCCUGCAUUAAAUACAAUGGAGACAACAGCUCUGAAAAUCCUGUGGCCUGUAUCUUUUAUAAAUGUCUUUAUUUUUAAGGUCAUUGUUAAUGACCAAACACAUUUCCUCUCUGACUCUAAAUGUAAAUGAUUAAUUUCUUCUUCAUAAUAAGUUAACACUGAUCUUUCUUUCUUUUUUUCUGAGAUCAUGGCCUCCCCCAGCGUUCUCCUGUCAGAGGUACAGUUUCAUUGUUGCAUCUGUCAGGAGCUUUUCUCUGAGCCUGUCUCCAUCCCCUGUGGCCACAGCUUCUGCUUCUCGUGCAUCACAUCACACUGGGAUGACAGCCUCGCCGUCAGCUGUCCCAGAUGUCAGACAGUCUUUGAGGGCCGCCCAGAGCUCUGUGAAAACUCCUUCGCCAAGGAAAUGUCAGAGCAGAUCCGAGCGAGAAGGCAGAAUGGCGGGAUGUCAGUGGCAGGAAAAUUCAUAUAUUGUGAUGUGUGCGUGGGGAAACAAACAAAGGCCCUGAAGUCCUGCCUUGUGUGUCUGAUCUCAUACUGCGAGAGUCACCUGGAGCCACACCUGAGAGUUGCCACUUUGAAGAUUCACAAGCUGAUUGAACCUGUGGCAACGCUGGAGAGCCGGAUGUGCAAACGGCACCAAAGGCUCCUGGAGCUGUUCUGCAGGAGCGACCAGAGGUGUGUGUGUGUGCUCUGCACCGAGACUGACCACCGCUGUCACGACACUGUCCCAGUGGAGAGGGAGAGUCGGCAGAAGAAGGCUCAACUGAAAAGGUUUGAAGCAGAUGUUCAGCAGAUGAUCCAGGACAGACUGCAGAAAGUGGAGGAGAUCAAACACUCUGUGGAGCUCAGCAAAGAAAACUCAAAGAGGGACAUAGUGGAAAGCGUGGAGGUCCUCUCCACUCUGGUUCGUUCCUUGGAGAGAAGUCAGACUGAGCUGGUGGAGGUGAUCCAGAGGAAGCAGGCAGCAGCAGAGCAGAGGGCGGAGAAGCUCAUCGCGGACCUGGAGCUAGAAAUCACUGAGCUGGAGAGGAAGAGAAGUGAGAUGGAGCAGCUGUCUCACACUGAGGACCACCUCCAUCUUCUGCAGAGGUUUCCAGCUCUGAGUUCUCCUCCAUCUGCCAAAGCCUGCUCUGACAUCAUCGUUCAUUCAGACAUAUGUUUGGGGACUUUAAGGAGAGCGGUGGCCAACAUUGAACAGCAGCUUCAAUCGGCUUUGGGAAAACUUUCUAUUCAAGAGCAUGAGAAGAUGCAGCAGUAUGCAGCCGAUGUUCGUCUGGACCCCAGGACAGUUAACCCUUGGCUGGUUCUAUCAGAGGAUGGGAGACAGGUCUGGGACGGCGAUGUUGAACAGAAUCUAGUGGACAUACCAGAGCGUUUUGACACAGCACCAUGUGUCCUCGGCACCAGGGGUUUCACCACAGGGAGGCACUACUGGCAGAUCGACGUGGGAGACAAAACAGCGUGGGACUUGGGUGUGGCUCGACAGUCUGUCAACAGGAAGGGUGUGGUCACGCUGAGUCCAGAGGACGGUUAUUGGACUGUUUGUUUGAGGAAGGGCAGUGAGUACCGGGCAUGUGCAGGACAGGCAGAGCUGCUGUGUCUCUCUCAGAGGCCGCAGGUUGUUGGGGUGUUUUUGGAUUACGAGGAUGGGACAGUGGCCUUCUAUGACGCAGAGGCCAAGUCACACAUCUAUUCCUUUACACAGUUUCAGUUCACUGAAGCCAUGUUUCCCUUUUUUAACCCGGAUAUGUGCGACAGCGGCAGCAACAAAUCACCACUUACCAUCCGCCCUGUCAGUGGAGUCAAUGGAGUCGGGGAUUUAGAUGACAUUACAAUAUGAUGUGAAAUGUACAUUAGUUGUCAUGGUAUUUUAUUUUAAACAGCAUAAAACUGUUCUCUCUAUUGAUAUGAACAUUUUUUUUAGACAGUUCAUGUUGCAUUCACAACUGGAUCUGAACUGAAAUAGAUCAUUACCUGACUUGCACCUACUCCCUCAAUAAACUGUUGUACCUGUUAUAUA